AUGGCCGUCGAGAUCGAUCCACUCGCCGCCGUGUCGAGGCGAGCAUUGUCGGACAGAACGCAGGGUAGGACUCGGAUUGUGAUACUUUGUACUUCAGCUUCGCCUUUCUCCUUUCGCUGGUCGCCCACCUUUGCCUUUGACGACCGCUACCACGCUUUGACGCAUCGACUGAUCAACACGGCCAUACUCACUUCAGCUGGACUGAGCUUGCGAGCAGAGCUCGCCCUUUGCAACCCUCACCGGCCAACGUUGGAUCCGACCGGCCAUCACAACCGAAUCAGACCUGGCCUGACCUACCUGCAACCCGCUAACGAGCGAGCGAGCGACGCUCAGUUGCACGGACCGAUCGACUAUUACGCGCUACAGCAACAUCAGAUGCUGCUCGAGAUGCAGCAGCAGGCUCAACAUGCCGCAUGGGAGAUGCAGCAGCUCGAGUAUCAACAGAUGCUCAUCCAGCAGAUGCACUACCAGCAGCACUACCAGCAACAGCAGCAGCCGCAGCAGCCGCAGCAGUACUAUGCGGGUUCCCAACACGUCACUCCCGCCCGACGUCAGCCUCGCCAACUUUACCACGGCCAACACGGUCCACCACACUCUUUCGCAACGCCUUCGCCCCCUUACACUGCUGCCGGUCAUCCCGCUCGCGUCUCGCCUCCCAUCGCGCAGCCCUCAGAACGCAAGCCGUCCGGCCCCAUGCAGCGCCUUCACUCUGGCGGCCCGCGCAAUGCCUGCCAGGCCAUGCGCCAGCCCAUCGGUCCCCCUCGCGAUGAUGAGAUAGCUUCCAAGAACUUCUCAACUCGCAUCAGAGCCAGCGCUAUCGGCACACUUGGCUCGGCGGUGCGCGGCCGCAUGACCAGUGCUAGCUACAUCGACGUCUCCGCCUGA